GUGUUCUUCACUUCUUCAAGUGAAGAACACUUGAGUCUAAAGACCGUGGUAAUAUCAGGACAAGACAAUGGAUGGAGUCUCACACACUCAGACUAACCCACUAUUUGACAUGUCACUCAGCAGAACUGAUCUCUACAGUUUCCAGCCUGAGGAUCUGAAGCCAGUGAAACCCAGAAGACAUUGGUGUAUUAAAGUGAAUGUUGUGUUCUUGAUCUUGCAGAACGCCCUGAUUGCCUUUCUCCUUUAUAAAGUCUUCACAUUGGAGUCUUCCCUGUCUAAUCCUGGGGUAGAGAGACUGAGAGCUGAGCAAGUGUUUCUGGAUGAAGAACAUGGUGAAGGCAACCUCCAGACGUCAAUGCACAACAAAAGUCAGGAAACCAAGACCCUAAGAAGCUACCUCUUGUCAAUACAAAACCAGCUCAAUGGUGUGUGUGGAGAGGAAGGUGUGCUGGACAGGCUGAGAAUGAACCAGAACUUUCUGAACACUAGCAUCCACAACCUGGAGGAUAAAGUGACAACCAUCAGAAUUACAUCAGGGCCUCCUGGCUCUCGAGGAGUAGCUGGACCACCAGGACAUCCAGGGCCCCCGGGAGACAGGGGUCUCAAAGGUGACAGUGGUGUUGCAGGAACAAAAGGUGACAAAGGAGAACCUGGAGACCCUGGAGUUGCUGGGAAGAAUGGCACAUCUGGACCUCCUGGACCUCCUGGAACCAAAGGUCUCAUGGGACCAUCUGGGAAUCAAGGGCCUCCAGGAAACCAUGGAAUGAAUGUCAAGGGAGAAAAAGGAGAUCCCGGGUUGCCAGGCCCCCAUGGAGAAAAGGGUGCCCGAGGGGACCCUGGUCAAAAAGGUCUUAUGGGACCAUCUGGGAAUCAAGGGCCUCCAGGAAAUCAAGGAAUGAAUGUAAAAGGAGAAAAAGGAGAUCCCGGGUUGCCAGGCCCUCCUGGACAAAAGGGUGCCCGAGGGGACCCUGGUCAAAAAGGUGAAAUUGGACCAAGUGGUUUGCUUGCAGUGAAUGUACGUCUUGUCCCGGGGAAGUAUCGAGGCCGGGUGGAGGUGAGGCAUAACGGCGUCUGGGGAACUGUUUGUGAUGACAGCUUUGACACCGUUGAUGCCAAGGUGAUCUGUAAGAUGCUGGGUUUCCAGUCUGCCAUAGCCAGCUUCACUGCCAGCCCAGGGACAGGUAAGAUCUGGCUGGAUGACCUACGGUGCCUGGGUACAGAGGAGGACAUCUUUGACUGCCCUCACGGUGGAGCUGGAGUUACCAACUGCCAACACGUCGAAGAUGCUGGAGUGCAUUGUAUCUAGACUAGAAGUGUGUGUGCAAAAGACAAUCAAGUAAAACAGUACCAAUCAAAUAAAACACCAAGCAUAUUA